AUGUCGAGACGUUACGAUUCACGAACCACUAUCUUCUCCCCGGAAGGUCGUUUAUACCAAGUCGAAUAUGCUCUGGAAGCCAUCUCACAUGCCGGUACUGCAAUCGGUAUCCUAGCCACUGACGGUAUCGUCCUUGCUGCCGAACGCAAAGUCACAAGCAAGCUGUUGGAACAGGAUUCGUCAGCCGAGAAGCUCUAUAUCUUGAAUGAUAACAUGAUCUGUGCCGUCGCCGGAAUGACUGCCGAUGCCAACAUCCUCAUCAACUACGCCCGCCAAACAGCCCAGAACUAUCUCCGAACAUAUGACGAAGAAAUUCCCUGUGAACAGCUAGUGAAGAGAUUAUGUGACUUGAAGCAAGGAUAUACACAGCACGGAGGUCUGAGACCCUUUGGUGUAUCUUUCAUCUAUGCCGGUUAUGAUUCAUUAAGGAACUUCCAACUAUAUCUAUCAAAUCCUUCGGGUAACUACGGUGGGUGGAAAGCAACGAGCGCGGGUGCAAACAAUGCCAGUGCACAAAGUUUGUUGAAGCAAGACUACAAGGAGGAUUGUAACUUGGAGGAAGCAUGCGAGAUCGCCGUCAAAGUCCUUAGCAGAACUAUGGAUAGCACUACGCUGUCGAGUGAGAAGUUGGAGUUUGCUACGGUUGGUCAAAGGGAUGGAAAGAUAUUCCUCAAUAUUUGGAGUGCUGAGGAAAUAGACGUUCUGUUGAAGAAGCAUGGAUUAGGAAAGGAAGAAAAGGCUACAGAGGACUAG